GGUGCGACGGUGUCUUCUCUUCGUCGGCGCGGUCGCGCGACCGAAGAAGCAACCCGUUCGACGGCCUCGGUGAAAUGAGUGCCGGCGCCGCGGGCGACAGCAAAUCGUCAGCGUCGUCCAAGCGACGCCCCAAACACCGCCGUCCGCCACCGCAGCCACCGCCGUCGACGACGACAUCGGCGGCUAGGGUGAAACCGGAACACGUGGACGACAUCAAGGACUACGCGGAGACGACGAUGAACGAGCUUCUGGGCUGGUACGGCUACGAGAAGGUGGUCGACCGGCGCGACACUCAGGGCCUGAACCUGGGCCACUUCGCGGCCUCCAGCUCGGAGGACUGCAGCGGCCAGGACUCGGCGGGCGAGCAGCGGCCUCGCCACCACAAGCAGCGCCGGUCGGCGCGCCUCACGCCCCUGCACCACCAGAGGCUCGGCACGGCCGUCGCCUCCUCGGCGGCGUCCAGCGACGAGGCCCUGGUCAUCGCGGCGCCGCAGCUCGGAGAGCCCGGCACCAGCCCCAGGGACGACGAUGGGGCCAACCUCCCGCCCAACUGCAUCCUGUGUGCCUGGUGCCAGAAGGUGGGCAUGAAACUGUUCACUCUCAGGACGACGACCGGCAGCAAAGCGUUCUGCUCCGAGUUGUGCUUCACGCAGUGCCGGCGCGCCUCGUUCAAGAAGAACAAAGUGUGCGAUUGGUGCAAGCACGUCCGGCACACGGUCAACUACGUCGAUUUCCAGGACGGCGAGCAGCAGCUCCAGUUUUGCAGCGACAAGUGCCUCAACCAGUACAAGAUGAACAUCUUCUGCCGCGAGACGCAGGCGCACCUCCAGAUGCACCCUCACCUACAGGACGCCGCCACGGCCUGCAAAGUUGCCUCGGGCCUCAUCACACCUGACCUCUGGCUGCGCGACUGCAAGAGCAGCCAGCAGUCUGGAGCCAGCAAUGGGCACGAUGGGUCGUCGGAAAGAGAGGAUGACCACAAAAGUCCGCCGCCUCCACCGCACGUGCUUCCCGCGCUACCCCCACCGCCACCGUCGUCUUCUGCGUUACCCCCUUUGAGGCAGUCACAGCCGUCGCCGGACUCCGGGGCCAGCGGGGACCCCGUCAACCUUUCUCAAAAACCAACGCACACCAAGCCGUCCUCCUCCAAGAGACGUCGCUCCUUGAGGUCUGCACGAUCCUCGCCCGCUAGCAGUUCUCAGGACGGGGGAAUCGGAGGUGUUGUACCGCCCUCCCUUCACAACCACCAGGCGCACACCGCGCGGUCGCCCACCAGGGCCACCAGCACAACCCCGCUGAGCAGUCCCGGCGCCUCGGGAGGCUCGACGCACCAACUUAAUGGUCAUCACCCAGCUCCGCCGCCACCACAGCACUGUCCGGGCAGCCCGCCUCCACUAACGCCCGUGAUUCCGCCGCUUACGAUGGCCUGCAGACCCGGGUCAACACUGCCGGACCAUGGCGGAAGGCCUUUUCUCGGUCCUCCGCAUCCAGCGUUCCAUAUGUUUUCUCCAGUACCGCCGCCGCCACACUUGCGGAUGCACCACAACAGUGCCGCUGCGGCCGCUGCCGCCGCCGCUGCCGCCGCUGCUGCGGCAGCUGCAGCUCCAUCUUCCGCAGUACCGCGCAUGCGCGGCUUCCUACCUCCUCCGCCUCACUCCGUCGCAGCGCCUCCAGCACCGGCACCUCCAGCUGGAGUUGUUCCACCCAUGGCCCUGCCCCGUCCAGCUCCACUUGCCCCGCCGGCAGCACCGAAUCCCCUGCUUCCUCCUCCCACCGUCAUGGUGCCGUACCCCAUAUUCUUGCCCAUCCCGAUCCCUAUUCCUAUACCCAUACCACUGCCCCUCAAGUCUUUCGCGACGUCUUCUACCGCACCGCAGCCUCCUCCGGCGUCGACCCCUUCUUCGACGCCACCACCGCCGCCUCCACCACUACCGCCGCCCGCGAGGGACCAUCGCCAUCGUCGUCGCCACCACCACCACUCUGGUGGCAAGAAACGGUCAUCGUCCCAACACCGACACCGCCGGCAUGAGAGGCGGCGGCAGCAGCAAAAGCUGACGCCCGAGCACGACGACAUGCGGGACUCCGUGGACACGGAGGAUGAAGGGAGCCCCGGUUCCAAGUCGUCACAAUCGAGCAGGGUGGCGUCCCGUCACGGCUCUGGCGCACUUCAGCUUAAGAUCGUCAGGAGCCCUGCAGUCCCGGAGCCGGAGAAGAGACGUCCAGACGAAGAGGUCGAAUCCGCCGCCAGUAGGGACGCUAAGAGAAAGUGCCCGUGAAAUAUGAAAGAAUCGUGAUGCUUGGUGCAGGUCGCUUGGUUCAAGCAUGUCUUUGAUGCGCACGUAUCAGUUCCUUCAAUCUCCACGGAACCGGAUACCGACAGCACGAAUGCAAGACAUAGUCCAAAGGGCUCACACGAUUGAACUUUGUUUAACAAAAGUGAAACUGAAUGUUUGGUGUGACAUAUGGUGGAAUUCAACCCUCGCUAUUCGGUGCUCGUGUGAGUGCCUCUAUGCGUGUUUAGCACAACCGGCUGCUGCAAUCCUUUCGGCAAACGGCGUCACCUGGUGCGUCGAUUCUCGUGGUGCAUCGCACAGUCACAGGCCGGACACACAAGAUUGCUAUACUUUAGCAUAAACUCGUUGUUGUGCCGUGCUUGCCAUCCUUGGACAACUCUCUAUACAUUGCUGCAUGCACAGAAGAAGUGUUACAAUUGUUUGUAGCCUAUCCGGUGUCGAGAUUUUUAUGCUACAGAUUGAUUGUUGGGCGCGCUUGUUUAUUAGUAUUAUUAAUAUUAUUAUUGCUAUAUGUAUACACGUGUCACUUGCUCUGCAGUCACCAUAAAAAAGGUUAGUCGCGUAUGGAGAAAAGCGUGGUUGUUUGACGACUCGAUGCUUGCGAGUGAAGAAUAACGAAGGAAAGUGAUCUCUACAACAUGGUGCUUGCUGUUGCAUGUGCGAAGGACAUUCUUACUGCCGAAAGCCGCAUGCAUUAUAAAUGUCACUCGUGUUAGAAGUCCCGUAUAUUCGGAUGGUUUUGCUGUACAUGAUGAGCGAACAAAAGACCAAUGAAUACUAAAUAGAUUUUUUUUCGUCAUAGUCGUUUGUUGAAUCUCAGUGCUAUCUUUUAAACUUUUAUUCAAGAAAGCGCCAGGCUUUUGCGUGAAGCACAAACGUUUUACUUUUACACUUCUUCCUUGCACAUAUUCCUCUACUCUUCAUUCAAUGUCUUACGUGCCUGCUUGAAAACAGUGCGACAAACGGUGAUCUGUUCGGAAGUGAGGGUCAUUUGUUCAUUCGAAAGACAGUACCUUAUUCGCGCCUUAUGUAACAUUGCAUGAAACACAAAGUAUGAUAGCGUCCGUCACAUCUUAUUGAAUGCGGUACAAUUUACGUCCUUGGAAACAUUGUAAAAGGGGGGGGGGGGUCAACUGUGACGGCAAAUUAGUUGUGAGACGGCAGACCAGUUGCGUCAUGCAAGUACUUGAAUCGUUGAAUCGAUGAUUCCUUGCGAGAUACUAUCCGGUGAACAGGCUGGCCUGCCGCCACUUGUAAGCGGGUGAGUACAAUGUCCCGGAGUGGUAAUCUGGAAAUUGUCGAAUUCCGCCAUGUUGUGAAUUCUGCGAUUGGUAAACUCCGAUUGGCCCAGGGGGCUACACGGUCCCCUUUGAUUGAACUAAAAUGUAAGAGGCGCCAUUGCGAGAUAUGACAUUUUUUUGCGAAAUUUUACGAUGUCUGAAACCACUCCUUUUCACGAGAAUGGCAAACCGUCCCCUACCCUCACACCCACAAGAUUUAUUUGCAUUAUUUCUUUUCUUGUCCUCCUGCACGCAUACUGCUGCACGUAACCGGCUGCACGUAACCGUUCAGCCGGCAAAAAUUGAUAACAGUAAUACCGGUCACUAGGCGCUAAUGCCAAGAAAAAAGGCCGAUCAAUUGAAGACAGUCCCCCCGUUGUAUUACCAGAGUUGCGUAAAAAAUUGACCCCCCCCCCUCCCCCAGAAAGAUUACCCUCGUUGUCUGCGUGUGUUUCAAGACGAGCGGGGUGUUUUGUCACCAAAAGCAAGCCUGGUGUAUGCAUUGUACGAGUCAUAACGCACUACCUGACUGCGCUGAAAUGCGUGGUGAUAUUAUCCUACUUGCACACAUCGUAACACCUUUUUUGUUGUUCCUCGUCUGCGCCCAGCCAAUCAUCGCAGUGUUCUUCGUGAGUGCCAUGAAUUCUUAAUCAUGAUUGGGCAGUGGUGGGCUCAGGGAAUGCGCCAAUCACUAUACUGUACUGCACAGCUGUACGCUCAAUGUGAGUGGAAGCACGCUAAGUUCUGCGAAAGCUCUACUUAUUGCAAUGUGCACAAUCUUUUAACAAGUUAUUCUUUCAGUGUCAUUUCGUGGAGCUCGCGUGCGCAAUCAUUUAAUCUCGGUUCAAUGAGAAUAUUUUUUUAUCAUGAAUAAUCUUCCUAAAGUUGGAUUUGAACAGACAGAAAGAACGUGCCAUUUUGACUACGUGCUUUGCGAAAUCAGGAAAAAAAAUGUUAACCUUAAGGACCGUAAAGAUUCCCGCAGUAUACCAUUGGCAAAUCUUGCAAACUGUAUCGUUGUGUCCAGAGCGGUGUAGAGCAGCAUACAUUCGCAAUGUGGCAUGCGCUUUUUUUAGCUUCCUUUUCUGAGACCGGCACUUUUUCUUGUGACCACCGCUGCCGGUUCAUUGCAAGCAGAUCUUAUUUGGUUUUGUACUUGUGCCAUCGGUGCUGACACUGGAACCCUGAUUAUAUAUAAAGUUUGUUCAAAGACGCA